GCGUGGCACAGGCGGGAACGGCAAAAACGGCAUCAAGCGAAGCGGCUGGUGGCGCUGGACGCUGCGAGGGAGACAUUGGCUCGUCACCCCAGCUCGAUGACCUACAACACCUGGAAGCGCGGCAAAUGCAACAGGGACGUGAAGAACUGGCACAACAGGUGCUUGUGCGGUCAACACUACAGAGACAAUCGACCACUGAGAACGGCGAUGUCGGCAAGCAGGGGACGCCAGGACGACGGGCAGGUGGUGAGGCACAUCAAGAGGCUGCCCCCGAUGCUCCACAGGGCGGCCAGGACGCACCCAGCGUACCGCGCACCGCCAGCAAGGCAGCAGGAUCAGGAGACGUUCCGCCUGGACCUGCAGAGCCACAUGGACAAGGUUGCCAACAUGUCGAUCCUGGCGCGGAAGGCGAGCAAGAUAGAGCGUGCGCGCGACCAGAAGCGCGAGGUGAACUGGAAGCUCGACAAAGCGAGGGACAGAUUGGCAGCGACGCAGAACCAAAAGAAGGAGCGUGUUAUACAAGAGCAAGACAUAGAAGCAGAGAUCGCACAUUUGGAGAGCUGCAUGAACGAGUUGAAGGAGAUGCCCGACGAGAUAGAGGAG